AUACACAAAUAUUUUUUUUCUACUUAAGCAAUUUAAUUAAUGUGAGAAUAUUAUAAUUCACUAUGUCUAAAAUACUUGAAAAAUAAGUGUGUUGAAGCAAUACAAUGUGCAGUUGUUCAUGAAGGAGACACAUUAUAUCAACAUAUACACUCACUAAAACAGUCUUCCUUGCAACCACCUCACUGUGUAUCUCUGGCCAGAUUUAUGAUGAACAAAAAAAAAAAAAGUGUGUAAAAGAGACUUCUCAACAACAGAAUUUAGUAUAACAUAUGAAAACUCAUAAUGAACAAAAACUAUAUCAAUGUUCAGAAUGUCUAAAAGACUUUCGGAAAACAAAUUUAGUAAGUCACAUGGAAGCUCAUACUGGAGAGCAACCAUAUCAUUGUUCAGAAUGUCUGAAAAACUUUUCUGAGAAAUCUCAUUUAGUAAGACACAUGAGAACUCAUACUGGAGAGAAAUCAUAUCAAUGUCUUGAAUGUCUAAAAGACUUUAAUCAAAAAUCAAAUUUAGUUAGUCACAUGAGAACUCAUACUGGAGAGAAGCCAUAUCAGUGUUCAGAAUGUCUGAAAAACUUUUCUGAGAAAUCUCAUUUAGUAAAACACAUGAGAAACUCAACUGGUGAGAAACCAUAUCAGUGUUCAGAAUGUCUGAAAAACUUUUCUGAGAAAUCUCAUUUAGUAAGCCACAUGAGAACUCAUACUGGAGAGAAACCAUAUCAGUGUUCAGAAUGUCUGAAAAACUUUUCUGAGAAAUCUCAUUUAGUAAGACACAUGAGAACUCAUACUGGAGAGAAACCAUAUCAGUGUUCAGAAUGUCUGAAAAACUUUUCUAGAAAAUCAAGUUUUAUAAGUCACAUGAGAACUCAUACUAGAGAGAAACCGUAUCAGUGUUCAGAAUGUCUAAAAGGCUUUAAUCAAAAAUCAAGUUUAGUUAGUCACAUGAGAACUCAUUCUGGAGAGAAACUAUAUGAGUGUUCAGAAUGUCUAAAAGACUUUUCUUAUAGAAAGGAUUUAGUGAGACACAUGAGAACUCAUACUGGAGAGAAACCUUAUCAGUGUCCAGAAUGUCUAAAAGACUUUAAUCAAAAAUCACAUUUAGUUAGUCACAUGAGAACUCAUACUGGAGAGAAACCAUAUAAGUGUUCAGAAUGUCUAAAAGAUUUUAAUCAAAAAUCAAAUUUAGUUAGUCACAUGAGAACUCAUACUGGAGAGAAACCAUAUCAGUGUUCAGAAUGACUUGAAUGAAAAUUCAAGUGUGGUAUGACACAUCAGAAGUCAUACUGGAGAGAGAUAUCAGUUUUCAAUAUACAUAAAAAAGUUUUUCCAUUCUUCUAAUUUAGUAAAUAAAUCAUAAAAGAAUUCAUACAAGUUAGAAAUCAUGUUAGUGUACUCCAUGGCCUGGUGGGAAAAGCUCUCACUUCACACAUUGAGGGUCCGGGUUUAAUUCCUAGCAAAGAGGUGGAAACAUUGCACGUGUUACACUGGUGGUCUAUGUUCACCCAUCAGUAAUAAUGGGUACCUGGGUGUUAGUCGGCUGGUGCAGUUUGCAUCCUGGGACAAAAUUGACGUAAUUUGCCUGAAAUGCUGUGUAUAACAAGCAGCUUUCUAUAUAGUAUGUGACUGAUGUCAGCUAGGCCUGUAUAACUUGUACAGUGGACCCUUGACCAACUAUUUUAAUCCGUUGCAGAGAGCUUGCCCUUAGCCAAAUUAAUUUUCCCCAUAAGAAAUAAUGGAAAUCCAAUUAAUCCGUUCUAGACACCCAAAAGCAUUAAAAAAAAAUUUCACAUGAAAUAUACAUUUUCCUACUCAGAAAACAGUGAUACAGUGGACCCUCGACUAACGAUGGCAUCGCAUAACGUUAAAUCCGCCUAGCGAUACAUUUUAACACAAAAAUUUUGCCCCUCCUAGCGCUAAAAAACUCGCUCAACGCAAUUCGUCCGAGACGCGUCCACGUGCGGCCUGAGCCAGCCUCACUUGUUCCGUGGGUGGCAGUGUUUACAAGCCAGCCUCUGCGGUCACAUCCAAGCAUACAGUCGGAACAUUUCAUAUUAUCAUAGCGUUUUUAGUGAUUUCACCUGCAAAAUAAAUGACCAUGGGCCCCAAGAAAGCUUCUAGUGCCAGCCCUGUGGUAAAAAGGGUGAGAAAUACUAUCGUACCACAGUCAGCUGCUGCUGCACCACAGUCACCUGCUGCUGGACCAGUCAGCUGUUGCUGCACCACAGCUGCUGCUGCUGCACCACAGCUGCUGCUGCACCAUAGUCAGCUGCUGCUGCACCUGGGUCAGCUGUUGCUGCUCUACAGUCAGCUGCUGCUGCACCACAGCUGCUGCUACACCUCAGCUGCUGCUGCACCACAGCUGCUGCUGCACCAUGGUCAGCUGUUGCUGCACCAGAGUCAGCUGUUGCUGUUGCUGCACCACCAUCAGCUGUAUUACUCGAAGAUGUGGAGAGUGUGUUGUUGGUAUGUCUUAACAUGGAACAAUUACCGAGAAACGAUUAACCCCAGAGGGUUAGCCACCCAGAAUAACCCAAGAAAGUCAGUGCAUCAUCGAGGACUGUCUGACUUAUUUCCAUUGGGGUCCUUAAUCUUGUCCCCCAGGAUGCGACCCACAACAAUUGACUAACACCCAGGUGAACAGGAAAAAAUGCCUGGAACUAGUGCUCAUAUUGGUGAAGUUAGUGGGGAGGAUGUGGAAGAAUUGGUGGAGGAGGACAAUGAAGAACUAACCACUGAUGAGUUGCUAGAUCAUCUUCAACAGCAAGAGGCCACACCUGAGGAAACUGCUCUGGAGGAGGGGAGAGAGAAAUUGAAGAAGUUGCCUAUAUCAAAGAUUAAGGAAAUAUGUGCAAUGUGGCUUAAAGUGCAAACCUUUUUUUGAUGAAAAUCACCCUGACACAGCUAUUGCAAGCCGUGUUGGUGACUAUUACACUGACAAUGUUGUGAAACACUUUAGAAAAGUCAUAAAGGAACGAGAGGUACUGGCCUUUAUGGACAGAUAUGUUGUGCGACAAAAGUCCAGUGACUCUGAAGCUGGUCCUAGUGGUAUUAAAAGAAGAAGGGAAGUAACUCCGGAAAAGGACUUGUUACCUCAAGUCCUAAUGGAAGGGGAUUCUGCUUCUAAACAUUAAGACCAUCCACACACUCCCCUCCUCCCAUCCCAUCAAUCAUCACCAGUACAUCUCUUCUUCAGUUUGUGUGUAUUAAAAUUAAUAUUUCAUGUGGUAAAAAAUUUUUUUUUUCAUACUUUGGGGUGUCUUGCGUGGAUUAAUUUGAUUUCCAUUGUUUCUUAUGGGGAAAAUUAAUUUGCCUAACGAUAUUUUCGCCUAACGUUGAGCUCUCAGGAACGGAUUAAUAUCGUUAGGCGAGGGUCCACUGUACAUGAAGAAUAAAUACUACAUGUAGAAUAUACUACAUGAAGAAUAAAUGACACUUACCUUUAUUGAAGAUUUAUUGAUGAGUGAUGAGAGGAGGGGAGAUAAUGAAGGUGUAUUAUUGCUUGGAAGGGGAAUCCCCUUCCAUUAGGACUUUAGGUAGUAAGUUCUUUUCCGAGGUUACUUCCCUUCUUUUUUUUAAUGUCACGGGUAUCAACUUGACAGUCACUGGACCUCUGUUGCACCAAAAAUCUGUCUAUAGAGCGUUCCUUUAAGAUGUCCCUAAAAUGGGACACAACAUUGUCAUUGUAAAAGUCACCAGCACAGUUUGCAAUAGCUGUGUCAGGGUGAUGUUCAUCCAUAAUGGCUUGCAACUUUGUCCACAUUGUACAAAUCUCCUUAAUCAUUGACAAAGGCAACUUCCUCCAUCUCUCCCCUGUGAAGAAAUUUCCUCAGCUGUGGUCUCUUGCUGUUGCAGAUGCUAUUUCAGCCCAUCAGUGGACUUUCCCAGUCACACAAUACUUUCCUCAACUGGCACAGGCUCUUUAGGGUCAGCCCCAAACCCUUCAAAUCCCUCUCUUGUACACAUUGAUGCCACAAUUUCCUCCAAGUAGAGUUCAAAGUCCUGCAAGUCACUCCCUGCCAAGCCUUAACUAUAAGAAACCAUAAGGUUUAUGGAACUGAGGAUACUGAUGUGAUCUUUCCAAAACUCUCUUAGAGUCAAUUCAGUGUCUGAGGUCACUUCAAAGCACUUUUGAAACACUGCUUUGGUGUAAAACUUUUUGAAAUUUGAAAUGACCUGCCGGUCUGUGGGCUGGAGGAGAGGAGUGGUGUUAGGAGGCAAAAAUUUGUCUUUGAUAAAACUAAACUCCCACACAAUUCACUCUUGCAAGUCUGGAGGAUGAGCAGGUGCAUUGUCUAAUACAAGGAGACACUUGAGGUCCAAUUUAUUUUCCAGGAGGUAAUUUUUCACAGUGGGGCCAAACACACAAUAGAACCAAUCAUAGAAAAUGUCCCUAGUGACCCAUGCCUUACUGUUUGCCUUCCA